AUGUCUGACGAUGAUGGAGUUGAUAAUGAUGAUUUUAACGACGAUUAUGAUAAUGAAGAGGAAGAAGCUGAUAAUGAUAUUGAAAAUCAAUAUUAUUUUUCCGAAGCAUUGAUGGAAGAUGAUCUAGACAGUGCUCUUGAUAGUUUUAAAAAUGUUCUUGCAUUAGAAAAAGACAGUGGUACAAAAAGUGAUUGGGGUUUUAAAACUCUUGAACAAUUGGUAAAAAUUUAUUUGAAAAAAGAAGAUUAUGAACGAAUGUCAACUUAUUAUAAAGAAUUAUUGACAUAUAUAAAAUCAGCUGUUACACGAAAUGAAAGUGAAAAAACAAUCAAUAGUAUUAUUGAUCAAGUCUUAACAACUGAAAAAUUAGAUCUCAUCGAAAAUUUUUAUGAUAUAACAUUAAACGCAUUAAAAGAAGCAAAAAAUAAUCGUUUAUGGUUUAAAGUAUAUCUCAAAUUAGGUAAAAUCUAUGAAGAAAAACAAGAUUAUGUUAAAUUACAAAAAAUUAUUAAAGAAUUAUAUAAUUCAUGUGAAACACCAGAAGGAAUUGAUAAUCAAAAUCGAGGUACACAAUUAUUAGAAAUUUAUGCAUUAGAAAUUCAAAUGCAUACAUCACAAAAAAAUAAUAAAAGACUCAAACAAUUAUAUGAAGCAUCGUUACAUAUUAAAUCCGCUAUUCCUCAUCCAUUGAUAAUGGGUGUAAUACGUGAAUGUGGUGGUAAAAUGCAUUUACGUGAACAAGAAUAUGAUAAAGCUCAUACAGAUUUCUUUGAAGCAUUUAAAAAUUAUGAUGAACCUGGUUCACCACGUCGUAUAACAUGUUUAAAAUAUCUUGUACUUGCUAAUAUGCUUAUGCGUUCAACAAUUAAUCCAUUUGAUUCACCUGAAGCUAAACCAUAUAAAGAUAAUCCUGAUAUUCAAGCCAUGACAAAUCUUAUUAAUGCUUAUCAAAAUAAUAAUAUCAAAGAAUUUGAAGUAAUUUUACAUAAAAAUCGACAAUCAAUUCUCGAUGAUCAAUUUGUUCGUGAACUUAUCGAUAUACUCCGACGUUCAAUACGUACAUCAGUUUUAAUUCGAUUAAUAAAACCCUAUACGAAAAUACAUAUGAAAUUUAUUGCAACUGAAUUAAAUAUUAGUAUUGAUGACGUUGAAAAUUUAUUAAUAACGUGUAUACUCGAUCAAACAAUUCAAGGAAAAAUUGAUCAAAUCAAUAAUAUACUUGAAAUUGAUCAACAAGAAAAUAUUCAAGGUAUACAUCGUUAUCAAGCUAUAACAAAAAUAGCUACGAAUUUACAAACUAUUCAACAUACGAUUAUACAACGAAUUUCUUAA